AUGGCCACCCGCCCUCGAUCUUCCUCUGUUACUCCAGGAGAUACAAAAGAACGACGGAACGCUGAACAAGAAGAUUGGAGGAGGAGACUAUCAGCGGCGAUCCGUCGAGAAGACGCAGGAUCCGUGGAAGCUGCGGAAGCCGAAGAUGAGGACGAUAGUUGUUUUGUACUCCACCCAUUAUGCCGUGCUGGUCCACUUCAGAUGACUGUCAAGUCAUCAACCAACACAUCACCAACAACAACAUCUUCUGCAUCGUUUCAGUCUGCACCAUCAUCUCCCGACUCGCCUGAUGAAAUACCGACGACCUCAGGCGGUUUUCCAUUAGCCUCCUCUUUCCCGUUUCCCAUUGCUCCCAUCUCAGCGCACAACAUAACAUCCUCUAUCACAACUGGCUUAGUGAAGAAGCGGAGAAGCUCAUCGUCUCCAGAAGACAUUUGCCGUGAAAAAAUUCCUCAUCUUCUUCUGAAAACCUCAUCUGGAGUUGUGGUUCCCUUAGCUACAAGAUCGCAAAGGGCGCCAGCGUUAACACUCCAAAAUCCACCACCAUCGGCCGCUAUUCGGACGGCACCACCACCAGGAUUCUCAAACCAUUCGGUGUGCUCGCUUGAUGACUCGGCGGAGCAGAUUGAGGAGCUAGAUGACUACUACUUGCGACGUCCAACAACUUCUGCAAGUGCACCAACAAGUCCAAUUGAUCAUCGACUAGCGGUAAGAAGCUGUGAUCAGAAGCCGUUGGCAAACAACAUCGAGUUGUUAUGGCUUCCUCGUGUUUAG